GGAGGAGAGUGGCUGCCUCAGGAGGACCCCUCUCCCCCCAGAAAUUACUCAAUGCUGAAACCUUUCAAAGUGAUAUUCGAGGCGCUGGAAGCACCAUGGAUGGGUUUUAUGAUCAGCAAGUCCCUUUUAUGGUCCCAGGGAAAUCUCCAUCAGAGAAAUGUCGAGGGCGGCCUGUGAUUGACAGAAAGAGGAAGUUGGACACAGAUCUGGCCCAUGAUUCUGAAGAGUUGUUUCAGGAUCUCAGUCAACUUCAAGAGGCUUGGCUAGCUGAAGCACAAGUUCCUGAUGAUGAACAGUUUGUCCCAGAUUUCCAGUCUGAUAACUUGGUGCUUCGUGCCCCACUUCCAACCAAGAUCAAACGGGAGCUGCACAGCCUCUCCUCGGAGCUGUCAUCCUGUAGCCAUGAGCAGGCUCUAGGCGCUAACUAUGGAGAAAAGUGCCUCUACAGCUAUUGUGCCUAUGAUAGGAAGCCUCUCUCCGGGUUCAAGCCAUUAACCCCUGCCCCAGCCAAGUGUGCCCACCACCCCGCGCACGCCCCCGCGGCUGGCCCAGUACGGCCCUGCCCUCCCCCCCACUCGCUUCCGGAACCUGGACCACAGCAGCAAACCUUUGCGGUCCCCUGGCCACCACAUCAGCCCCUGCAGAUGCCAAAGAUGAUGCCUGAAAACCAGUAUCCCUCAGAACAGAGAUUUCAGAGACAACUGUCUGAAUCCUGCCACCCCUUCCCUCCUCAGUCAGGAGUUCCUGGAGAUAAUCGCCCCAAUUACCACCGGCAAAUGUCAGAAUCCAUUGUCCCUGCAACUCCCCCACCCCCUCAGAGAUUCAAACAAGAAUACCAUGAUCUACUCUAUGAACAUGGGGUCCCAGGCAUGCCAGGCCCCCCAACACAUGGGUUCCAGUCACCAAUGGGAAUCAAGCAGGAGCCCCGGGAUUACUAUGUUAAUUCAGAAGUGCCCAACUGCCAGUCGUCCUAUAUCAGAGGGGGGUAUUUCUCCAGCAGCCAUGAAGGUUUUUCAUAUGAAAAAGAUCCCCGGUUGCACUUUGACUACACUUGUGUUGUUCCUGAGAGACUGGAAGGCAAAGUCAAGCAAGAGCCCACCAUGUACCCGGAGGGGCCCCCUUACCAGAGGCAAGGUUCUCUUCAGCUGUGGCAGUUCCUGGUUACUCUGCUGGAUGACCCAGCCAAUGCCCACUUCAUUGCCUGGACGGGCCGUGGCAUGGAGUUUAAGCUGAUAGAACCUGAGGAGGUUGCUCGGCAUUGGGGCAUCCAAAAGAACCGGCCAGCCAUGAACUAUGACAAGCUCAGCCAUUCUCUACGCUAUUACUAUGAAAAGGGCAUCAUGCAGAAGGUGGCCGGGGUGAUAGUCUAUAAGUUUGUGUGUGACCCGGAUGCCCUCUUCUCCAUGGUCUUCCCUGACAACCAGCGUCCGUUCCUGAAAGCAGAGUCCGAGUGUCACCUCACCAAGGAGGAUACCCUGCCCCUGACCCACUUUGAAGACAACCCGGCCUACCUCCUGGACCUGGACCGCUGCGGCAGCCUCGCCUACGCCGAGGGCUUUGCUUACUAAGUGUCCGAGUGGCUGAGCGGCCAAACCCUAGAUAGAGCUAGCAGUUCCCAUUCAGGCAAACGAGGGCAGUGGUUUUGUUUGUGUUUUUGGCUGUUCCUAAAGUUUGCCCUUUGAGUAUUAUCUGGAGAACCCAAGCCGUCUCUGGAUUGGCACCCUCAAAGACAGAUACCUUGGCUGGGGAGUGGGAACAGGGAAGGGGCAGAGAAACCACCAAAAGGCUGGUGCCUCGGCUUCUGAUCCUGACAAGGUUUCUGGGGAGAGAUUGCGGUGGAGCCUCCUUCCCAAGGACAAUAUAUAUGCAAAGCAAUACCUUGUUCAGGGUAGUGCCCACAAACCAGGACAGAGUGUGUGACAAUCUGCAUUGAUCGUGGGCUACUAAUUGCCUUUACAUAGAAGGGCUCUGAUUUGCAUAAUUUAUUGAAACAGAAAUGACAGACCCAUAGAAUAGUAGGCUAAGAAGCUGGGAAGGCUCAGACCGUGAAGGGUUAAAAAGUCUAUCUUCAAAUUGGGAGAGCUCUUCUAGCUCGAGCUGCGAUGUUUCCCCUCGGUCUAGAAAGAAGGGGGGAAAGUCAGAACAGCUGUUCCCCACUCCAUGGUUCUCAAAUACUAAACCAUUGCGACUCUUGGGAACCUUCUAGCCAUGUGGUCACCAAGUAGAACAAGCCCCCUUUCUCUUCCCAGUCACACAGCUGUGUGUGUGGAUGGCUUUCAUUUUAGAAGGGUGAUUUACACUUAUGACAGUAUUUUGUUUUGCUUUGAUUCGGGGGAUUGUUUUGUUUUGGUGGUUGUUUUGGAAAACCAGUUUAUAAACUGAUUUUUGUAGUUUUGGUAUUUAAAGCAAAAAAAAAAAAAAAAAAAAGCCAACACACAAACCUUUUGGUAACUGUGCACUGCGUCCUAAGCAGGGCAGUGCCAGCUGAUGACGCUGCAGCUUGAAAGGGGCUUUGCUGGGGGUGCCCCCUUAGCCGUGCACAAGCCCAUUCUAUUGCCUGCUUUGUGCUUUCUGCACCAGACAGCCUGAUGGAACAUUUGCACCUGAGUUGUACAUUUUUGAGGUGUGCAGGGCAGCCCAGACACACCACUUGAUUCUAUGUGUAUAGUUCCUUGUGUUUUCUAACAUGCUCUCUCUGGAAAGCAUAUGUACAUAAUACAUGUCAUGUCCAUUCAAAACCUGGCCACCUGGCGGGAACCCUGGGGAUUUCUCCCCGGGCAUGACUGAUGACAAUUUCCAUUUCAUACAUUUGUUUCGUUUCCUUUUUUUUUUUUCUUCUUCAAUUCUUGGACUUUCAACCCUGCAUAUGAUUCAAUAGGGUUUGAGAUGUACAUGUGACCCUGACAGGUAAAACAGUGCUAGCAUUUGAGUUUCCUGCCACCUUAAAAAAAAAAAAAAAAAGUUUACUAUGAUUACUGUAUUAUAUCAGAAAAGUUUUAAACCACCCAGCUAAAGCUA